AUGAAGUUCCUCGUCCCGGUUUCAGACAAUUUUACCCUGAUCACCCUGUGUAUGCUUAUGAUUGACCCAGUCGCACAUGUGUGGGAGAAGAAAUUCAUCGAAGCUGUAUUCCACAGCAAACUCCACAAGCCACACGGGAUAUAUAUCUACGCCUUCGCAACACGCAGCUUUCGAGAUGGAAUCAGUGAGAUGUUGUACGAUAACGCGUUGUACUUUGUCCUUGGUUUCGCUCUCGUCACCAUCUAUGUGUCCAUCAACUUGGGGCGAUGCAACUUUCUCCAACAGCGAGUCUACCUGGGCCUGGCUGCAGUCUUCUCCAUCAUAUUGACAGUUCUGAGUGCGAUUGGACUGUGUCUAUACCUUGGGAUUCUUCCGGGAGAGCUCCACAACUUAAUGCCUUUCCUCAUUCUUGGGAUUGGCAUCGAUGAUACACUCGUUAUCGUCCAGUGCCUGGAGAUGGUAUUGGUAGGAGGAGAGACCUUAACGGUAGAGGAGCGUGUGGGGGAAGCAUUGAAAAGGGCUGGAGUAUCCAUCACCAUCACAUCCCUCACGGACAUCUUCGCAUUCUGCAUGGGAGCCACCACGAAAAUACCGAUGCUUCGGAGCUUCUGCAUCUACACGGCGGUUGGGAUCUUCAUCGUCUACGUCAUGACCUUGAUAUUCAUCGUCCCGAUUUUAUCUCUGGACGAAAAAAGACGAGACAGUCGGAGAGAGUCAUGCCUGUGUAUCCCAUUGCCAGACGACUACAAAACGAGCAGUUGCUCCCAAAACCUCCUUCUUAACAGCUUUUUCGACCGGAUCGUGGGACCUGUGCUCGUCAAAACCCCUGCGAAGGUAGUCGUGGUGAUACUCACAAUGGGUCUCUUGGGUCUCAACUGCUGGGGAAUGUCUGGGUUGAAACUGGAUUUUGACAGAACCUGGUACUUGGGUCCUGGAUAUCAAAGAGAUUUCCUGUCCGCUCUCCGCAAUCUCUUCCCAGAAAGCGGUUACAGGGCCGAAUUUUAUCUUGGGAAUGUGGAUUACUUCAAGGAGAGAGUUGCUUUGGAGGAGUUGUACACGAGGAUGUCUGCUCUUCCGGGAUUGAAGGACAGAUCCGUGAAAUUCUGGUACCACUCCUUCCUGGAGUAUCUCCAGAAAGAAAACGGCAUGUCAUUCUGA